AAACUACUAUAAAAAAUGCGGGAGAUCGUACAUAUGCAAGCUGGUCAAUGUGGAAACCAGAUUGGCGCCAAAUUCUGGGAAGUUAUCUCCGACGAGCACGGCAUUGAUCCAACUGGCACAUAUCACGGAGACUCCGACCUUCAGUUGGAAAGAAUAAACGUUUACUACAAUGAAGCUACAGGUGGAAAAUAUGUUCCAAGAGCUGUCCUGGUAGAUUUAGAGCCAGGAACGAUGGAUUCUGUUAGAUCAGGCCCGUUUGGUCAAAUCUUCAGACCAGAUAACUUUGUGUUCGGUCAAUCUGGAGCAGGUAAUAACUGGGCAAAAGGACAUUAUACUGAAGGAGCGGAAUUAAUCGACUCGGUUCUAGAUGUUGUUCGAAAAGAAGCAGAAGGUUGCGAUUGUGUUCAAGGCUUUCAGCUUACACACUCGUUGGGCGGUGGAACCGGCUCGGGCAUGGGAACCCUCCUUAUUUCGAAGAUCAGAGAAGAAUAUCCCGACAGAAUCAUGAACACAUUCAGCGUUGUGCCAUCACCAAAGGUAUCAGACACCGUUGUGGAGCCUUACAACGCUACGCUGUCCGUUCAUCAGUUGGUUGAAAACACCGAUGAAACGUACUGCAUCGACAAUGAAGCUCUGUACGAUAUCUGCUUCAGAACUCUGAAGCUCACCACACCAACUUAUGGAGACUUAAACCACCUUGUCUCUGCUACAAUGAGCGGUGUAACAACCUGUCUUCGAUUCCCCGGCCAGUUGAACGCUGAUCUCAGGAAACUGGCAGUGAACAUGGUUCCUUUCCCUCGUCUCCACUUCUUCAUGCCUGGCUUUGCUCCACUUACCAGCAGAGGAUCCCAGCAGUACCGUGCCCUGACAGUACCAGAACUCACUCAGCAGAUGUUUGAUGCCAAGAACAUGAUGGCUGCCUGUGAUCCAAGGCAUGGACGUUACCUGACAGUGGCAACCAUGUUCCGUGGCCGCAUGUCCAUGAAGGAGGUCGAUGAACAGAUGCUCAAUGUCCAGAACAAGAACAGUUCUUACUUUGUGGAAUGGAUCCCCAACAAUGUCAAGACAGCUGUCUGUGACAUCCCUCCUCGUGGUCUGAAGAUGUCCUCCACUUUCAUUGGCAACAGCACUGCCAUCCAGGAACUCUUCAAGCGCAUCAGUGAGCAGUUCACUGCUAUGUUCAGGCGAAAGGCUUUCUUGCAUUGGUACACUGGUGAGGGCAUGGAUGAGAUGGAAUUCACUGAGGUAAUAUCUUUUUCUCGCCGAGCUUAAACACGGAUUGUUAUU